GUCCCAUAAUUUCAGCUCACAGCGUUCCUUUUGGCACAUGUACUUGAAGAGAGAAAUGCGUACCAAAUGUUUGAUAAAAUGCACACUCCGCCACACCUAAACUAAAGUUUCCAACAACCUCAUUUGUUCAUCAAAUUCAAAUAAGAAAACCAGCAGCACCUCUCAAUUACGCAGGGAACAAGAGAUGUGGAGAAGACUCCCACUCCUUUUUCCCGCUCCAAAGCUCUUCUCCUCUUCUUCCUCUCCCGAGAUCCCAACCCUCUACUCCUUCCUCCAGCCCUCAAUCUUCGCCCUCCGGAAGACCAAUCCCAACCCCCCUCCCCCUUCCCCUUCACCUCCUCCCCAAACCCCAAAUCCCCAAACCCUAACUCCCGACGCCUCCGCCCUCGAAUCCGAUCUCCAGUCCUCCCUCCAAUCCGGCCACACCGACCGCGCAUGGAGCUCCUUCAAGGCCCUCACCUCCCGCUCCCUCCUUCCCAACCCUUCCAUCGCCAACUCCCUCCUCGCCCACCUCUCCUCCCUCGCCGACCGCCACAACCUAAAGCGCGCCUUCGCGUCCGCCGUCUUCCUCCUUGAGAGGAACCCCCAGUCCCUUUCCUUUGACACUCUUGAGGCCGUCUUCCGCGCCAUGGACUCCGCCGCCACCCCCGCCCCUGCCGUCGCCCUCGUCAGAAGCAUGUUCAAAAACCGAUUUUUUCCGCCAUUUUCUAUCUGGGGGCAGUCCCUGAUCCAGCUAACGAGAAGAAAUGGUGGAUUCGCUGCGUUCUUGCGGAUUUUUGAAGAAAAUUGCCGCCUGGCCCUCGAUGAGAAGAUAGAAUCGAUGAAGCCCGACAUCAGUGCCUGUAAUGCAGUCCUGGAUGGGUGCUGCCGUGAUCUGGGAUCGGUUUCUGAUGCUGAGAGGGUUCUCGAGACGAUGUCGGCUUUGGGCUUGUCGCCGGACUUGCAGAGUUUUGGGUCGCUGGCUUACUUGUAUGCAUGGAAGGGCCUUGAAAGCAGGAUCGCCGAGCUGGAUAAAUUGAUGGAUGCGUUCGGAUUUUUGAACAAGAUGGUGUUUUUCAAGAAUUUGGUAAGUGGGUUCAUGAAAUCCAGCAAUUUUGAAUCGGUUUCUUUAGUUAUUCUACGUGCUUUGAAGGAAAGGAAUGAUAAUAAUUCAAACUUUCUUGAUGAAGAAACUUAUGUGGAGGUUGUGAAGGGUUUUGUUGAUAAUGGGAGGAUCAAAGAUUUGGCUGCUUUGAUCAUUGAAGCACAGGAAUUGGAAUCAUCUCAGCAGUUGGUUGGAGUAGAUAGCUCGGUUGGUUUCGGUAUUAUCAAUGCCUCUGUUGGACUAGGACUGUUGAAUAAGGCACACAACAUUCUCGAUGAAAUGAAUGCUCGGGGAGCUUCAGUGGGGCUUGGUGUGUACUCCUCGAUCUUGAAAGCUUACUGCAAAGAGCAAAGAACAGCAGAGGCAGCUCAAUUGGUGACAGAGAUUAGUUCUUCUGGGCUCCAAUUGGAUGCUAGCAGCUAUGAUGCUCUCAUUGAUGCCUCCAUGUCAGCUCAAGAUUUCCAGUCGGCAUUCUCUCUUUUCAGGGACAUGAGGGAGGCGAGGCUGCCUGAACUGAAAACAAGCUAUCUCGCGAUAAUGACAGGCUUGAUGGAGAACCAUCGGCCUGAGCUCAUGGCUGCCUUCUUGGACUCUCUGGUCGAGGACCCAAGAAUUGAGAUUGCAACGCAUGAUUGGAAUUCCAUAAUUCAUGCCUUCUGUAAGGUUGGGCGGUUUGAGGAUGCUCGGAGGACCUACCGAAGAAUGUUAUUCCUGAGGUUUGAGCCCAAUAACCAGACAUACCUCUCGCUUAUCAAUGGAUAUGUCUCAGCAGAGAAAUACUUUAGUGUGUUGAUACUUUGGACAGAAGUGAGGAGAAAAGGAGUUAUAAAGUUGGAUCAUGACUUGGUGGAUGCAUUCUUGUAUGCUCUGGUUAAGGGUGGAUUCUUUGACGCCGCAAUGCAGGUGGUGGAGAAGGCACAGGAGCUGAAGAUAUUUGUGGAUAAGUGGAGGCAUAAGCAGGCCUUCAUGGAGAAACACAAGAAGUUGAAGGUGGCAAAGCUUAGGAAGAGGAACUUUAGGAAGAUGGAAGCGUUGAUUGCAUUUAAGAAUUGGGCUGGUCUUAAUGCUUAAAAGUGAAUUGUCUGGGAUUGCCGCAGAUUGAAGCGUGAUACAAAUUGGCGCUGGUUCUGAUGUUCUUCAGGCCCUUUCAAAACUGAUUUACUUCUGCAAUUCCUGAGGACAGUUGCAUCAAUUCCCUGUUGAUCACGGUGGGAUGGCGUUGAACAUCUAGGACAUGGGGGUCACUGUUUGCUAUUUAUUAUGUCCCUGUAGGCUAAACAGCAGAAAACUCGGUAUCUGGGAUCAUGAAGUUGAGAUAUAUUAAGAGGUCAUGUGGUGCAGGAUUGUCUUUGGUAAAAGAUCAUUGAUUAGUUCUUUCAGAAUUGAUGUCGCAGUUGAUGGAGAUUCUUUUGUGUUUUGAUACUCCAACGUGAUUCAAAUCAUGGUCAGGACUAUCUCGAUAUGCUAACCUCUUUGAACAUAUACCACUAUAAGAUUACUCAAGAAAAGUUGGCUAUAUAUCUUAUUAGCUCGCCAGAACUAUUUAUUGCAGCUCUAGCUUGUUUGAAAGACAAAAAUGCCAUGAUCCAGGAUGAGUUUGUUCAACCCAGUGUAGCAGAACAGCUUUAUAGCUAAUUUUGUAGAUAAAGAUGGAAUGGACGAUUUUGACCGUCCGGUCCUGAUGGUUAGUGCUUCUCGGAUUUUUUAUGGGCAGUAUACACCAUUGUGGUUGGUGUAGUUCCAUAUCAACUGUAAACAGGUCAGAUGCAUGAAUGCUUUUCUCUACAAUUUAAUACAGUUUGACAAUGGAUUCUAUUGGUUUAUUUUCCAAGUAGGAAGAAGCAGAUAUAAAAGUGUUCUUCAUUUGCAAUGAUCUGUUCUUCAAUGUCUCUGCUAUGUAUGUUGGCUGUUCUAUUAAUUUGGGAAAGAUGGGAGGAGGAUUUUGGAGGAAUUGCCAUGUUCCUGGUCUGGCUGGAUCAGUUAAGCAGUUCAGUGAUUCUGGGAUCACUGUUAUGCCACUUGGUUUUGCAUCGAAACGGUACUCUUGGAAGACUGCAUCUGCAUCCAUGUCUUUAGGAAAGGAAAAGCUCUUAGGAUCUCAACGUUUUUGGCAUAAGGUUUGACGUGCUUCAAGUCCUGCUGAAGAAUGGAUAAUUGUUUGCAUCACCUGUGAAAUGAAAGGA